CCGUAUUUCCUUAUCUUGGACCGCCGUAACUCUAUUAAACCGACCUCCCCUAAAUUUUCUGUCAGUCUCCCAUUCUUUUCUUCGAACUAGGGUUUACGAAAUUCUCUACAGAUUUCUUCUCAGAUGGGGAAUAAAAGCACUAAAUCGUCACUUUCAAGAGGAUCUUCAUCGUCGAAUUAUCUCCAGAACUCAUCUUCUCAGUCUCAGAUGGGGAAUUCGUCAAUUUCAAGAGGAUUUCAGUCGUCGUUUUCAGAAUCAAAAUACUCAAGAAUUGCAGAUAAUUACAAUUCUUUAGACGAAGUUACAACAGCAUUAGCACAAGCAGGUCUAGAAUCUUCAAAUCUGAUCGUCGGUAUCGAUUUCACAAAAAGCAAUGAAUGGAGUGGUCAAAAAUCAUUCAACAACAAGUGCUUACAUUCCAUCAACAAAACCUCCCGAAACCCUUACGAACAGGCAAUCUCCAUAAUCGGAAGAACAUUAUCGGCGUUCGAUGAAGAUAACCUAAUUCCAUGUUUCGGAUUUGGUGAUGUGAAGACGAAUGAUAAACAUGUGUUCAGUUUUUACAAGGAUAAAGUCUGUAAUGGAUUUGAAGAGGUGUUAUCCAGGUAUAGAGAUUUGGUACCGCAUGUAUGCCUCUCAGGACCGACGUCGUUUGCUCCGAUCAUUGAUAUGGCGAGUACAAUUGUUCAUCAAAGUGGCGGUCAGUACCAUGUGUUGUUGAUUAUUGCUGAUGGACAGGUUCAGAAGGAACAGGAGCAAGAGACUAUUAACGCGAUUGUGAGAGCCAGCGAGUAUCCGUUGUCGAUUGUUUUGGUUGGAGUUGGAGAUGGGCCUUGGGAAUUGAUGAAGAAAUUUGAUGAUAAUAUCCCUCAUCGUGCUUUUGAUAACUUUCAGUUUGUUAAUUUUACUGAGAUUACGUCAAAAGAUUUGCCGGAGACUAAAAGAGAGACGGAAUUCGCUCUUUCGGCUUUGAUGGAAAUCCCUUCUCAGUAUAAGGCUACUGUAGAACUUGGAUUGUUGAGUUCUAGAAAUAACAAGACUGUUGAAAAGGUUGCUCUUCCUCCACCUUUCUAAAAUGACCUUUCCCUCUUUAGAGUGCAGCAGUAGACAGCAGGAGGAUUUCUGUCGCGAUUGCGUGAGUUUUCAUUAGCCUGAUGAGGAUUAACGCCUCUAGCCUCCAAGUACUUAGUUUCUGUUUUUUGUUAGUCUAUUAGUUCUGAUUUUCAUUUAAUUUUAGGUAGUGUUUGUUCAAGAUAACACAAAAGAAUUCAUCUGGUUCAACUAACAACAGUACAAGAUUGAUAUUGGUGUUCUUUUAAGUUUGCUGUUUCUGAUUCCUCUUUGAAUAUGUCAUUGUUUUCAUUCUUGUGAAA